GGAACAUGCCACUAAUGACAGUGACAUUUCGCCGCAAUCGGCGACAUUCGUGUUCAACUUGCACCGGGGUUCGGCUCGUGUCCGACCCGACGACGAAGUGAAGCGAAAGAAAGAAACUCCUCCAGCAGCCCAGUUGUGUGGGUAGUGGUGUCAGCCCGUAGAAUCCGUCAGUCGUUAGCCGUCGCUCGUACGUCGUGGUACAACUCGUUCGCUAGGGAUAGCUGAAGAACGCGCUUUGGUUUGUGGUAGACUAGACCGUAUUCGCCGUAUAGUGCAGAGUGGUGUCGCACCCUUCCACCCCCGCCCAUUUUGGGGGAGUGUUGCGUUGCGUGUAGUGUAGGCAGGUGGCCCAAAGGGGGAAACUGGAAAGGGUGUUCGCUGCGGAGGAUACUGUGUGGAGUAGUACCGUGUGCGUUUCUCGGGGUUCAGCCACCAACAAUGGAAGCUGCUGCUCCUACUUCUGGUUGGUUGGAACUUCUGGAAGAGGAAGAGAUGGUGGCUUGAAACAGCAGCAGAAGCAGCCGUGUGUAGAGUCUGUUGGUUCGGUGCAGUGUGUGUAUGAAGAGGGGGGCGGUGGGUUGCUCCCAACAACGCAAGAGAAAGAGAGCGGCGCGCGGAGAGUGUGUGGCCAACGCAGAAAAAAUCGCUCUGCAGUGUCUUUCUUUAUCCCCGACUGCAAUUUCCAUAUUUUCUUUAAUUAUCACCAGAGUUGAGUGAAAUCCCCACGGGAUUUGCACAGUCGAGAAAGCAGUGCUUGGUGUGAAAACAAUAUUGGGUCUUAGGGGGUUGAUGGAGAAUGAUGAUGGCAGUAAAUGGUGAAUAGAUGUUUGUAUACAUCGCCGACGUCGUCGUCAGCAGAAGAAAUCGACGGCUGGAAAAUGGGUGCGAAGUUAAUGGGAUAGAGUGAAAGAGAGCAAGCGAAAAAGGAGUGGUGGCAGAAGUGAAGUUUUUUGGGGGCAGACAUUCUGAUGGAGUUUGGUAAAGGGCUGGAGAUUUGCGGGGAAGAAUCAAGAAGAAAAGAUAACGUUGAGUGAAGUAUUCUAAAACCGUAGUGAGCGAGAGCGGAUUGAUAGAAGAAGAGCUGGCGAUGGUAUGAGGUGGGCAGAGUAGCCAGACGAAGAAUCAUCUCAAAGUGCAUACGGAAGAUUGGCAGUCAAUGUAGAGUGCAUAGGAAUGAAGCGAGAAUAAUCAAGAGGGGAUGAAGUUGAAGAAUGUGAUGCAAAUUUGAAUAUCGACAAAAGAAAUUGAGGGUUUUCAAAUCGUCGAUUAUGCAUGAGUGUUUCCAAGCAGAUGGAUCCUCCAUUCAUACUGCUGAAGAUUUGAGAUGAAGAGAAGGUUUUUCAUUUACCAAUCAAACGCCAGUGGAAGCAGAAAACAGCACUUGUGAGAUCGACAGCAGCUGAAUUAUUGUUGGAGUUGUUGACGACGAAGAAGGUAUAUGUUAAGUCGAGUGGUGAUGUAGUGAAGCUCGCGAUAAGUCGUAUAUUACGCACACAUUCGCACCGGUACGGAGUUGUUGAAGCAGCCGAGAAAGACACAACACUGCAGCAGUCGGUCGGAUCGAGUCGCCGCUGGAAACGUAUAAGCAUAAACUCGACCAACCAGGAAAUCGAUCAGCUACGCAGCGGCCUAGUGGAGCGCGCGAAACCAGUCGGUUAAUCGGGUAUUGGAGACGACACCCCAAACAUCCUGCUGCGGUACGCGACGAGCUGCCCCCAAAAGUGACGCCAUAGAGAUGAUGUUGAGAUAGGCCACUUUCGGGGAAUGAUUCGGCUUAAUUAGUUUGGGAAAGCCUCCUGUUUUCGUCAUCGCCAAACACUACUGUGUGAUGAGAAUGAUGAGAAAACGAGGAAAAGUGAAGCUCCAUCGGAGCUGAGUGGUUUUCCGGGCGAUUUUCUCGACGAUGUGGCGGAAUGAAAUCGCAAGUUGUUCUAGUGCCAACGGGGUGACGUGUUUGAGUGUGUGUGUUUUUCGCGAAAACUAUUUAGCGACGGAAAAAAAGUGAGAUCAAAUUUAUGUGAAUGUUUUUCUACUUGGUGUUUUUUUUUUCUUGUUUGGAAGCCUUCAUACCUUAGUCGCAAUGAAAGGGAUAAGUAAAAAGAGCUUUUAGUGAACCAAUAGCUCACCCUAAUCGAUAUGUAUUACCAGUUUAUUGCCACCAGAGCGAGAGCAAGUGUUUGUGCUGAGUGCCAAUAAAAGCAGAAGGAAAAAGUAGUAAAAAAACCCGCAACCCGACGGCAGCAGCUGAGUGGCACAUACUGGAGGCAAAUAAAAGUGGAAGUGAAGAAAGAAGAGCCGGAGAAGAUUGGCGAAGAAAAAAAAAGAGUGAAUAAAUUUACAUAAAUGCAAUUAAGGUGCAGUGAUGUGUGCUUAUGCCUCCGUUCGUUGAUAAAUGUCUAGUUGAAUUGAGCAUACAACAAGCCUGCCGGCAGCAGCCGGAAAAGCUUCCACAGUUCCACACCCACCGCCGCGCCGCCGCCCACAGAACCGGCAGAAUCGAGUCCUCAUCGAUGUGCUCUUGCGUUGCUGUCGUCGCAUCACCAACCAGCAGCUAUAACCAUGUUUUUCCAACAGUAGUUAUACUCAUAUAGAUGUUGUACACACCUCUCUAGAUAAAUCCACACUCCCACACGCAUGAAUUUUAUCGGGUGGAUUUGAGUCAUCGUCGGAAUCCUUCCGGAAGAAACGGAAAGAAGAGUCGAACGGUGAAGUGUUCAACAGCUCCGAAGUAACGUAAGAAGAACGAAACUUGUGUAGAAAACACUAGAAGAUGUCCCUCAAUGGGCGAGAUCUGAUGAAGCAUCAGCAUCACCAACAGCAGCAGCAGCACCAGCAGCAGCAGCAUCAGCUUCAUCAGGCUCCGCCGCCCGAGUACAACCACCAGAGUGUGCUAACGAUGCAGAAAUCGGUGACAAUCACGGUGACGCCCCAGCGGAGCACCUCGAUGGAUUUGCUCAACUUCGAGGAGAAACGGCAGCUGAUUGCGUCGUCGCUGUCGCUGUCGGACAUCCUGCACGUCAGUCCGGCGGCGGCCCAAGUGGCCAAGGAGGUGGCCGCCAGCACUGUGAUUGCUACCAAGAAACAGAACGGUGCCACCCUGCGCUCCAACAGUCUCAAUUCCGGCUCCCGGACGCCACCGCUGGAGCGGAAGAGCAAGUUCAGCGCCUUCGGGCGCUUCUUCAAGCCGUGGAAAUGGCGAAGAAAAAAGAAAAGCGAAAAGUUCGAGUCCACCUCCAAGUCUUUAGAACGUAAAAUAUCAGUACGUGCCAAUCGCGAAGAACUUGUACAAAAAGGCAUUCUACUGCCCGAGAGUCCCACGUCGGCGCUGUCCAUAGCUGCCAUUUGUAUCAGUCCCACGGAAUCGUUGACGUGGUCAACAUCAUCCCAUAGACAACUGCAAACCUUCCAUCAGCCGAACCAUUAUCGAAGCCAAAACGAGGAACAAUAUACCAUCUACAACUCAGUGAACGGAACCAAUUCAUCCGUCCUGCCAAGUCUAGCCAACACGUCGGCAUCAUCGUUAGCGUCAGCGUCAACAGUAGUACCAAAUACUAGUAGCAUAACCAACAAUGUGCCUUUAUCACAAUCGGCUCAGCAGAUUAGCAGCAUCAGCAGUAGUAGUAGUAAUAGCAACAACAACAACAACAACAUUAGCAGCAGUAAUAGUAGUGGUCCGUUGAGCUUAUCGGCCAUCCUGUCCGGGUCGCUCGGUGGUGGCCAACAGCAGCAGCAACAGCCCAGUGGCCCCGGCGGAAGCGGUGGUGGCGGCAACGCGGUGAUCGGUGCCAAUAUGAUUAGCGGCGGAACGGCCGGGCAAGCCCUGGCCAGCAUACUGACCGGGAACUCCGGAACCAGUAUAGGUGGUUCCGGGGGGAUGGGAGGCCUGUCGCAUUCGCAAUCGGCCCACCAGAUAGGCGGAAUGUCGCAGCACCAGGCCCUUCAGCAGCAGCUGCAGCAGCACUUUGCCAACGUGGCCAACAGCGGGAGCGGUAGUUUAGAGCCAAGGAAAGAAAAGACUGACGUCCAGAAUAGUGCUGCGAAUGGGUCCUGCGGGGAGCACCCGGGUGGUGGCGGUCCAGCGACCAUCGACGGUGGCCUCCAACUGCAGCAGCAACAACAGCAGGCAUCCGUGCCGCCGUUGAUACAGCCCAAGCCGGAACGGCCCAAUACCCUGGGGCCGAGCAAACUGUCCCGGCGGGUCCUCUGCUACCACAACACCGAUGGUUUUCAAGAUAAUCAACGGAAAACACCACCUCCAGCGACCGUCGAAAACCAAUCCAAUCAGCACCCGCACCAUCCGACGCUCCAGCAGCAGCAGCAGCACUCUGCCCUGGCAGCAGCUGCGGCGGCCGCUGCCCAACACCACCAGCAGCAGCAACAAUCCCAACAGCUACCGUCGCAGGCAGCCCUAUCGGCCGCGGCAGCCGCCGUAGCCCAACAGCACCAGCAGGCACUCCAGCAGCAACAUGGCGGUGCCGGCAUGCAUCCGCACCUCCACCACCACCACCCGAAUCACAUCAUGCUGUCGGAGCUGCCGGAACCGCCGAUACCUGUGUCCGAGAUUGGACCCAUCCCGCCGCCGCCAAUGUUUUCAACACCAAGUCCCACCCUGAUCGGGGGACGGCCACACCAACAGCAGCAACAGCACCAGCAGCAACUGCUACAACAGCAGCAGCAGCAAAAUCAACAUCAGCACCUGCACCAGCAUCAGCAGCAGCAGCAUGGCCUCAAUGUGCAUUCCACUACUACUAGUACCGGUAGCAAUAAUAGUAUUAGCGCGAGUAAUAUUAUACCGUUAGAUAUGAACGAUUACGAUUACGAUGAUCAUGAGAACAAUGAUCACGAGGAGCUCGACUCGGACGAGGAGUACAUGUACACAAUGUCGCAACCAAAUCCCAACAUCGAUACCAACCGUAUCGACGAGAUCCCUGCGAAGGAGCCCAAAUUCAACGCAGUGCCAUUGAAAUCAGCUUUAAAGAAGAAGGGUUCCAACCCGGGAACGCCCACCCAGGACAACCGGGCGCUAACGGUGCGCUACGACAACAACCCUACCGCGACGAUCAAGCCAGUUUUACGACCACGGAUUAGAAUAUGCGCGCGACCCAUGCGUUUCCAGAUCGGCCUACCGAGUACGAUCGAGAACAAGGAGAACACCCGGCCGUACGUGAUCCGCGAGAGCGACAACGACGACCAGAACGAUGGCCCGAUCUGCUACCGGGAAGACGACGCCGACCGGGCGGCCAAGAUCGCCCGCAAGGAGAGCCUCUCGAUCAAGCUGGCGCUGCGACCGGACCGGCAGGAGCUGAUCAACCGGAACAUUCUGCAGCUGCAGUCGGACAACGAAAAGCAGGAAUCGAAGGAAGCCAUCGGGGCCCGGUUGAUCCGGCGACUGUCGAUGCGGCCUACCGCGGAGGAGCUGGUCGAGAGGAAUAUCCUGAAGACGCAAACUCCGGCGGAAGAGAAGAAACAGAAGGAGGAGAAGAAACGCUACCUGUUGCGAAAGCUCAGUUUCCGACCCACCGUGGACGAGUUGAAGGAGAAGAAGAUCAUCCGGUUCAACGAUUACAUCGAGGUGACACAGGCGCACGACUACGACCGACGGGCGGAUAAACCGUGGACGCGGCUCACCCCCAAGGACAAGGCCGCCAUCCGGAAGGAACUGAACGAAUUCAAAAGCUCCGAGAUGGCCGUGCACGAAGGCAGUCGACAUCUUACCAGGUUUCAUAGGCCAUGACAGCUGCAAUGCAGGAUCAAGCAGAGACAUUUUGCCGUUCAUUAUUUUACCUUUCUCAUUAAGAAUUACUACAACAAACAUUUGAUUGUGUACAUAUAAAUCCAAUACACACAUACAUCAGGAAGAAAUUUGUAACCAGUUCAGCAGUAGCAGACACAACUCAUAAUCCAUCAUUAUCAUCCGUAUCAUGAUCAACAACAGUCACUACCAUACCACAAAUUGGUAAAAUCAACGGUGAAGGCAAAAGUGGCGAAACGACUUCAAGUUUCCAUCAUUUCCUGCAUUCCCUGGUCUCGCUGGAAGAGGACGAGCGGCUGACGAGCGUAGGUACUUUCCGCUGGCGAGAAGCUGUUGCAAUGUCUAUUAUAAUAGGAUCCCCCCUUGAAACCCCUUCACAUAAUUCCAUUGACCGAUCGAAUAGAUCAAGGUUUUUUGAAAGCAACCAUUUUGACAAAAUUCAAAUACAUCGCAUAAUAAUAAUACAAAGAAACAAAAAUGAACAUCUCAACAGCAACAGUUAUACCAAGUUUGUUUGUAGAAUUGAAACAACAAAAAAAAAACAACUGAAAUAUUACAAAAAAGGGUGUAAUCGGAAGAAAAUGCGUGGCAAACGCGAAGAAAACUACAAAAACAACACAUGUUUCAAUAAAGCGAGGAAAUUAAAGGAAACUUUAAAAAAAAUAAUUAUGAAAAAAAAUAAUACUACUGUGAUAAUGUUGACGUUAUUAGAAUGUUACCGAGACGAAAACAAAAAAAAAAACAGCAUAAGAAAACAUUAGGAAGCAGAUUGGAAGCGGCGUGAGAGAGAGAGAUUAAGAGAUGUGAAGAGACAAGCGGAGUGUGUUGAUCCGGUUGUGUUGUGCGGUGAACAUCAGGCGGUGCAAAACUCAGUGGAAUAUAACUGGGAUGGUAGUAAGUGUGACAGUUUGAGAGGAGAUUUUGCACAAUACUUGCGUGAAAAGGUGGAUGAAUUGAUAUGAUGCACUGAUAGAAGGUUUGGGGGAAAAGGCUCGGAGGCAAGCUCUCAUUAUGUGGAGAAUGGCUCACCAAUAUUCGAAAUCAAGGAAUUAACUUGUCUGUCGAUGUUGAACGUACGAUCGCAGUUAUCGCCAUUUUUCCAUCGUACACCCAAUAUCCAACAACUAUAUGGGUUAUAGUUUCUAUUUGAUUAUGGUAGCAUAAACUAAUAAAUAUCAUAGUAAUGAUGAUAACUGUGUUAUCGUAUUGAGGAUAACAGUUAUAAUUUUAGAAUUUCUCAUGGUAGACCAAACGAUUCGUUCAUUAUCCUGGAACACAAGUUCCACGGAUAAUACUGGUUAUCAUUAUUGUGUCAUCCACAACUAUACAGGGAAUGGUAAAACAACAUGGAGCUCGUUUCUUCAAAGAUUUUCUCGUAAAUUCGUCUACAAUCUACAUGGUCAUUCAGGGACUACCCCAGUAAUCCUUUUGCGAGUUUUGUUUGGAAUUUUCGCAGCAGGAGUUCUACUAGUUUAUCUUGAGUAGUCAAAUUGAGUUUAACUGGGUGUUUUCACAACAAUUCUUCAAAGAGAUUCACCUGAAAUUUGUACAGAAACUUGUUCUUGAAUUCCUGUAACAAUUUCUCCUGGAAUUCAUCCAAGUGUAUCUCCAGCAAUUCUUUAAGAAAAUUUUAGUGGGCUUUUGCCAUCGGUCCAGUUGAAAGGUCCAAGAGAUCCUUCAGCAAUGCUUCAAAGAUUUCCUGUAACAAUGCUUCCAGGAGAUUCUUCCGAAAUUCUUAAAAAAAACAUCUUUUUCCAUCUGGGAUUUCCUCUGAAAGUUUCUGUGGGAGUUUUCAGAGAGAUUUGUUAGAAAAUUCCUAAACAAACUCAUGGAGAAACUGAGAAAAAUCUCUUAGCUAAAGGCGUGGAAGAAUUCAAGAGAAUCUUUUGGGGGAUUUCCUGUAGAAGAUGGAAUUUUUGAAACAAUCAAAAAAAAACUUUGUGAGGAACUCUCAGAGGAAGUACACAAGAGACUCCUGCAGGAAUCUCUGAUGAAACUCCUCCUGUAAAAGUACAUGAUGAAGGGAUCCUUGGAGAAAUUGCGUACUGAUGAAACUUUGGGAGAGAUCCAUGACAAUUCUCCUGAUAAUUUAAAUGCAAUACCUGUUGUAGAAAUUCCUUGUUGGAACUCCUUUUUGGUGGAAUCCCGGAAAAAACUCCUUUUAGAGCAUCUCUGUCUGAAGGAACUCCUAUUGAAGGAACCCUGAAAAAAGCUCCUAAAAAAGUUCAGGAAAAUUUCCCAAAAGAAUUUCUGGAGGGUUUCUUGAAUGAGCUCCUGGACUCUCUAAGGGAAUUCCGCCUAAUACCUGAAGAAAGCUCUUCUGGGGAAAGCGCUGAGUUCUUCCGAUAGAACUUCUCCUGGAGAAAUCCCCAAAGCAACACCUUCUGGAGAAGUCCCUAAAGGUACUCAUUCUUGCUUUCAUAAAUAUACUCUUCCUGGAGGAAUCCCUGAAGGAACCUUAAAAAAAUACCCGAAAAAAAUCCUGUAGUGUUCCCUGAAGUACCUCCUAGAAGAGUCUUUUAAAACAAUCGUUUAAGGCACUCGUCCUGGAAGAAUCCUUCAAGAAACUCUUCAUGGAGGAAUCUCUUAAAGAAGUCUUCAAAAAAAACUCCAAGGAUACUUUUUCUUGAGAAAUCCUUGAAAGAACUACUGAAAAAAUGUCUGAUUUGAUUCAUGUAUGGUUUUCUGCAGGAGCUCCUAAGGAAUUCUUGAAGGGUAUUUUAUAAGAUCUCUUGAAGGAACUGCUCCUUAGCCAAUCUUGGGUUUCCGGAAGUAGCUCGUGUAGGAAUUCUUUAAGGUCCUUUAAGCAUAGUCCCUGAAGAAACUCCUCCUUAGAAAAUCCUUCAAGAAACUCUUCCUGGAGGAGUCUCUGAAGAAACUACUGGAAAAUACCUCAAAGAAUUCUAGGAAGAAUUCUUGGAGAAUCUUCUGGAAGAAUCCAGAAAGAAGGAACUACCUCCCGGAGGAAUCUCUACAAAAAACCCUCCUGAAGCAAUCCCUGAAGAAAGUCCUUUGUAAAAAAAAAUCCUGAUGGAACUUGGAGGGAAAAUAUAAAAGAACUCCAGAGAAGUCCAUAUCUCUGACCCUCUAUCAGUGCAACAUAAAGCCACCCACAAUCUUACUCAAACAAAGAUGGUCAUCGUGCAUUAGCGCAAAAAACAGAGACGAAACGAAACACGUGAUCUCCGCGAUCCAAACUAAACGGUAUCUUGUAUUAUCACAAGAAUAUAAUCAUAAAAACAAAAAAAAAAACUAAACCAACAACAUCAUUUGUAAUCCCUUGAUGCAUGAGUGCAUGCACACUGCUGUAGAGUACUAUCUCUUUCGAAUAGUCUUUCAAAUGUACAAAGAAAAAACAUGGUUAGUUUUGCAUAUUGAUCAAUAUCAAUAUUGGUCAUGAAUAUCUACAUACAACUAUCUUCUAAGGUUGAACAGUUCUGCUAAGGUUAAAUUGAAUAACUAGAAAAUGAUAACGAAGCUUCUUUUGUAACAGUACCAUUGAGAACCAAAUUUCUACCAUAUUUGAAGCAAUGGCAAAAGAUACAACAGAAAAACGGUAGAAUGAAUCGUUUCUAACCAUACAGUGAAUGAUAAAUGAGGUUUUUUUUUACAACUGACAAUGUCGUUUAGGUUUUAGGAUCCGCAGAUUGUCCUCCACUUGAUCGACCUAGCUCGCUGCUCACCACGUCUUCUUGUACCGGUCGAAUGGCUGUCCAGAACCGUUUUAAUCGAGUUGCUUCGACAUCCUGAUGAAGUGAUCCGCCCACCGUAGUCUCCCGAUUUUCGCGGUGUGAACGACGGUUGGAUCUCUCAGCAGCUGAUGCAGCUCGUGGUUUAUUUUCCUCUUUUCAAGUCCCGUCUUCCAUCUGCACUCCGCCGUAGAUGGUACGCAACACCUUCCGUUCGAAAACUCCAAGGGCGCGUUGGUCCUCUGCACGUAGGGUCCAUGUUUCGUGCCCAUAGAGGACCAGUCUAAUCAGCGUUUUGUAGAUAUUUAACUUCGUGCGACGGCGAACUUUGUUCGAUCGUAGAGUUCUGCGGAGUCCAAGGUAAGUUCGAUUUCCUGCGCGGUAACUCCUCCCUAGAGCCUUGUGCCGUCAUGUACUUUAUCUUCGACACAUUAAUGACUAAUCCGAUUUGCAUGCCUUCAUUUUUUAGUUGGAUGUACGUUUCCGCCAUCGUCUUAAAUUUGCGUGCUAUAAUAUCAAUAUCAUCAGCGAAACCAAGCACCUGAACGAACUUCGUGAAAAUCGUUCCAUUCGUGUUUAUCCCCGCUCUCCUUAUUACACCCUCUAAAGCAAUGUUGAACAGCAAGCACGAAAGACCAUCACCUUGCCGUAACCCUCUGCGGGAUUCGAAGGGAUUCGAGAGUGUCCCUGAUACUCGAACUACGCACAUCACUCGAUCCAUCGUCGCCUUGAUCAAUCGGAUCAGUUUAUCCGCGAAUCCGUAUUCGUGCAUAAUCUGCCAUAGCUGGUCUCGAUCGAUUGUAUCAUACGUCGAUUUAAAAUCGACGAACAAGUGAUGUGUGGGCACGCCGUAUUCGCGGCAUUUCUGCAACACCUGGCGGAUGGCGAACAUCUGGUUCGUUGUAGCGCGUUCACCCAUGAAUCCAGCCUGAUAUUGCCCCACGAACUCUCUUGUAAUCGGUGAUAGACGGCGGCAUAAAAUUUGAAAGAGUAUCUUGUAGGCAGCGCUCAGUAGUGUGAUCGCGCGGUAGUUCCCGCAAUCCAACUUGUCGCCCUUUUUGUAGAUGGGACACACGAUACCUUCCAUCCAUUCCUCCUAUAAUACUUUCUCCUCGGAAAUCUUGGUCAUGACCCAGUGUACUGCUCUCACCAGUGCUUCUCCGCUGAAUUUUUGAAGCUCGCUUGGUAGUUGAUCUGCUCCAGCGGCUUUGUUGUUUUUUAACCGGCCAACCUCCUCCUCAAUGUCUUGGAGGUUAGGGGCCGGAAGUCUUUCGUCCUGCGCACGUACUCCUAAAGAUGUUACCACACCACCCUCAGUGCUAGCAAACGUCGCCAUUGAGGUACUCAUCGUAAUGCUGCCGCUACCUCUCAACCACCUCACGCUCGCUCGUGAGAAGAUUCCCUUGAUUGUCUCAGCACAUGUCGGCUUGUGGCACGAAGCCUCUGCAGCGCGAGCGGUUCAGCUUCUCGUAGAACUUUCUUGUGUCCACAGGGCGGUGCAGCUCUUCCAUUGCUUCGCGAUCUCGUUCUUUAUGCUGGCACUUCUUCCUCCAUAAGACUGGUUUCUGCCUGUUCCGGGGCUGUUUAUAACGUGCCUCAUUCGCCCUCUUACGGUGUUGCAACAUUCUCGCCCAAUUUUAAUAGUUUUGCAUGGGUAAGACAGAGAGAGAAAGCCAAUUUUCAAUUACUCGCCACUGGUACAUUGCUUGUUUUUGAACGAUUUAUUCGUUCUUUCCAGUUGAAAUAUCAUUAUAAACAACAACCAGUUCUGUUUUUGGACAUUGAUUCCCUUUUUGUUGGAUUUCCGAAAUGUGUCCCGUAUUUAAAUGGGACAUAUCUGAACUGAAACGAAACAUCAAAUCAAAUGUGGCUUACUGUAUUAAAUUUCUUGACCAUUCCGGUCACAAAAA